AUGGAGAAUCAUUCUUGUUUGUACCAGGGUACAUGGGGCCAACAUCGUCGUGGGCAAUCUGUAGGCGCGUUCUGGCGAUUGUCGGGAACCAAAUGCCUACCCCGAACUCCCGGAGGCGCCUGUCGAUCCCCGGGAUCUCGAAACAGUAACUCUCACCUGAAUCCAAUUAGGGUAAACGAGCAGCCGGGCGUCGACGACCUACGCUCAUACGCCUACGCCCUGCUUCUGGUCUCCACAGUCCAACACCACCGCGGAUCAUUGUGCGAAGUCAUCGAUCCGGCGUCCUUCCUGGAGCAUUUAAUAAGGUUUUACACAGAUCCGCGAACAGUGGCCAACGAGCAGAGACUUUAG